UCUCAAAGCAAAUCAGAAAAGAAAUAUCCCAAUAGACACGAGGUAUAUAAACCGAGCGAUUCCUCUUCAAAUCUAAUAUCUCCAUCACGAAAUUACACCAGAAGUUCAAAUCCUACUUCCCAAGAAAACUUCAGAAAUCAAACGGUUCACUAUGAAGACCUCUUUGGCCACUGCAGUUAUUCUCUUUACUUCGGUGCUGGCGGCGCCUGUCCCCAAGGGUAAUACCAACAAUGAAAGUGCCAAUGCGGAUGUCGACAUCCCCACUGGUCCCGGCCCCGUGUGCACUGAUACCGAGAUCUGUCCGUAUGAGACCGAUAACAGUCAGUAUGCCCGCCGUCAGGAGCCUAUCCCUGAUCACGCCCUGGGGUCUCUCAUCGGUGGCGGUCUGGGCAGGAGAAGCGAUGAGGCUAUUCCCACUGAUGCCAUCAUCUCGCUGGCUGGUGGUGGCCUCAAGCGACGUUCCGACGAGGCCAACCCUACUGAUGCUCUUAACUCGCUCAGCGGCGGCUGGAUCAAGAAGCGUGGAGACGAGGAUGUCCCGGCUGAAGUCCUGGCCUCCCUGCUUGGGCGCCGCCAGGAGCCACUCCCUGAUGCUGCUCGGGCAACCCUCCUCGGGGCUGGUCUCGGGGGUCUCAAGCGACGUGGUGACGAGGAUGUCCCGGCUGACGUUCUGGCCACUCUGCUUGGGCGCCGCCAGGAGCCUAUUCCCACUGAUGCCAUCAUCUCACUGGCUGGUGGUGGCCUGAAGCGACGUGGUGAUGAGGAUGUCCCAGCUGAUGUACUGGCCACCCUGCUUGGGCGCCGCCAGGAGCCUAUCCCUACUGAUGCCAUUAUUUCUCUGGCGGGUGGUGGUCUGAAGAGAAGUAAGGAUGACGCUAUGGGCUCGUACUAA